CUCUGUUAGCAUCUUUAUGCUGGUCCUGGUGGGCAGCUUUUAUUAUCACACCGUAGCCGCCGAACUUUACUCUCCCUGGGGGUUUAUUCUCGGCAGUAUACGGUUAGGCCUUCGACGUGCUGAUAUUCGCGCACAAGCUGCUCAUCGAGAGAUACUUGCCGCUGAACGUCGCGCCCGUCGUCGAUGAAUCGCCUCGACUCGCUCCCCGGGGAGGUGUCGGACGACGUCCCUGGCGCGCCAUCGAAUGCUUCGAACGCCGAGAACGUGCCCGAGCUCCUCGGUUUCGUGCGGAGCCCCGACGACCUGGGGGUCCGCUGGCUCAGGCUGCGCUCGCAUCUGGCCACUCCCAGCACGCUUGUGGGCAUCAUUGAAGACGUUGGCUGGAGUUUGGACGACAUCACACAGGAAGUACGUACUGCAGAACAAGAGGGACUGCCACUACGGCUGCAACGCGGGAGACGCGAUGGCCCAUUACCUGGUUUGCCCACGGGUGCUUCACCACAUGGCGCACCCGCGAGGGGCAGUCUCCACCAACCCAUUGGACCGCUUCGGGAUGGGCAACGAGGACAUGAUGGGCGAUAACGGCAUCCAAAGCUCGGUGGCGCGCAUUGCGGUCGCAUGCCGGGUGUACCACAUGGUGAAGGACAGUACGGCGGACCGCAGCGUGCCGUACCAGAUGAUGGUGAACAAGAGCGCAGCGGCCUGCCAUGCGCUCCAACUUCCACAUGAUCAUUCGGGAGGAGCUGGAGCCCACAUCACGAACUACGAAACGAACUACGGGAUGCGGGAG